CCCUUCUCUCCCAAUCCCUCAUUAACCACGCACCGUCUUCCUUCCUGUUUACAAUCUGCAUCCACAUCAGCGACAUCAUCACCCACCGGAGAUCAGCUCCCCUACGCGACGACCGGAGGCAGCUAGGGAGACACCGGGGAUCUCAACGCGAAGGCAUCACCUAUCUGUCGCGCAACGAGAAAAGUGUACAUAUUAUCACACUAGUCAGCAGUAUUUUCUAGGAUUCGGGGCUGAGAAAAAUCCAUCAUUUACCUAGAAGAGUGUGUGGGAGGCAAAAGGUGCGAUCCAGAUGGCGAACGUAUCUCAGAUCCGCCCUAACAACUCAGCACUUAUUGCAAUGAUUGCUGAUGAGGAUACAAUUACUGGGUUUUUAUUGGCUGGAGUUGGCAAUGUGGAUCUGAGGAGGAAAACAAACUACCUUAUUGUGGAUUCAAAAACCACGGCGAAACAGAUUGAAGAUGCUUUCAAAGAGUUUACUACAAGAGAGGACAUUGCAAUUGUGUUAAUUAGCCAAUAUGUUGCCAACAUGAUAAGAUUUUUGGUGGAUGGUUAUAACAAGCCAAUUCCGGCCAUAUUGGAGAUUCCCUCAAAGGACCAUCCCUAUGAUCCAGCUCACGAUUCUAUCCUUUCCCGAGUGAAGCACCUAUUCUCCACGGAAUCUGUGGCAUCCGGAAGACGCUGAGAUAUAGCUUGAACUGAAAGUCUGUCUUCUUUUUUAUCUUCUUUUGUUCUUUCCAAGCGUACUUUGUUGUGUCUUCUUUGCCUGUUUUGUUUCGCUUGCAAGUUUAAUAAUCCUUUCACUAUUAAUGGCGACACUUUUUUUUGUUAAAUAUAUUGUCGACUAAACAAGCAGGCUUGGAUUUUCAUUAAAAUGAACACACUCCAACAUCUGAAGAUGAACUCAGAGGCUGUGGGUAGAUAUUAUUAUUAUUGUUGUAAUCUACAGGUAUGAGAUAUUAUGCUUCUCCAAUUGAAUCAACGUUCAGGUCUCUC